AUGGGAUUUAUAGGACCUUGCUGGAGGCAGGUCAUUUUUGGUAUAAUCUUCCCCCUCGCAUCUCUCUGUGGUUACGACGAGAAUUCGAAGGCAGGAGAGUGGUUCCCACCGCCGCCAGCGGCGUACGAGAACCAGAGCGCGCACCCUCUUGAGGGGGGUGAUUUCCGGACUGGUGCCCUGGACUCGGAGAGCAGCUUUCGCGGCAGACAUCCUGGAAAGACACCAUUCGAACUCGCAGCUGGCUACAAGAGCCAGACGAUUGGUACAGCUGCGACCGCUCACCAGAUCGGCAGUGGAUAUGACUACUUGGAGAUGUACCACGUCGCAGAGCAGGAGGAGCAGUACACGCGGAGACAGCACCCGGUUCCUUGGGCGGAUCAGGGCCAAGGAGCGCGGGAGCGCUGGGAAUCGCCCAGGCGACGGGCCGAACAGUCGCCAAGAAGACGCGGAGGAGUUGCCAAGAAAGGCAAGGGCAAAAGGGCUCAAGAGGCCAAUCCCGGGAAGGGAAAGACGCCGCCUGCCACGACAGCUGUGCCCGACAUCACGCAGCUACCCGAAGUGCCCAAAGCAGCGCGACCACCGCUCCCGAAACAAGGGGAGUCAACAGCAGCUGGCCCGACAGAAGACAGAAAGCUCUUGGAACAGCUGAUGGAACAGCUGACUGUCAGUGGUACCGAGCUGCCGGCAGGACUCGCAGCCAUGGUGAAUCAAUAUCAGGCCGAGAACCACCGACUACAUGGUCGACAACUACACCAGCUGGUGGCACGACAGACCCAGGCUCGACGCGAAAUCGCCAAGCUGGACAGGGAGGCGCAGGCGUUCGAAGGCGCAUGGACCAACUACAUGGUGCGUCUUUCAGAGCUGGUCCAGAACCAGCUUGCAGAGCGACAGAAGCAUAUCGAGGAGCGGGAGAAUGCCAAGGCUGCAUGGCAAGCACAGCUGGCAGAUGCUACGUCGCAACUGGCGGCCUCCACAGGUCCGGCAGCAAUGUCAAAGCCGCCGACAACGGAGGCAGAGAUGGACGCGGAGGACGAGGCCAUCGACCAGGCGAUCGAGGACGAGGCGGAUCAGCGCCGUGCUCGCGCACAGGCGGCGGAGCAGUUUCAGGCGAUGCUGCAGAUGCUGCAAAGCCAGCCACAACUUGUGCGGUCCAGAGAUGGCUCGCGCACUCCGCGCAGGCGCAAGGAUGCCAAAGAGGCCGAGGCAGUGGACUCGUCGCCAGAAUUGGCGGCCGCUAUUCCUGGUGCAGCCGGCUCAUUGCCUGCUGCGCCUGGGCAAGCCAAGGAGGAAGCGCCCAAGUUGGGCCCUCAAUAG